AUGCGAACUUUAGUAAGUGAGUUGUUAGCAGGCAGUAUCUGCGCCCAGUCGCUGUUCGCGGCGACUGUUAAAAGUAGUAGUAGUCGGAGGUGGCCCACAGGCGUGGAGUUUGCAAGUGAUCUUUGCGAAUUUAUAAAAAAGGAUCUCAAGAGAAUCGGUCAUGGUCUUGCCGAGGAUUUUAAAAUUGUUCUUGUGGAAGCUGGAGAAGUUCUGGGAACUUUUGAUAGAGAUCUUCGCCAGUACGCCUCUGGAAAUCUUCAAAAAAUAGGCGUGGAAAUAAAACGAGCUGCUGUUGAAAAGGUUUACCAACACGAGGUGGUGUUGUCCGGCGGCGAGCGUUUGGACUACGGACUUCUUGUUUGGAGCACCGGAGUGGGGCCCACCCCGCUGACCUUGAAGUUGCCCUUUGACAAAACGAAACAAAAAAGAAUCGCAGUGGACGACUUUCUGCGUGUGAUGAUUGGUGGGAAGCCGGCGGACGGCCUCUAUGCUAUUGGGGACUGCGCCGGGACGCUGCCCCAGUUGGCUGCCGUGGCAGAGCGGCAAGCCAAGUAUCUGGCGGAGAUGCUUAACCGAAUAAUGAAAGAGCCCAGGACGACCAUUUCUCGUGACGGCCAGAACAUGGUCACCGUAGAAGGUCAACCAGUGUACUGUUCCGAUGUGGCAAGCCCUUUCAAGUACCGGCAUCUGGGCUCGAUGGUCUCGAUUGGCGGCCGCAAGGCCCUGGUGGACCUCCCGUAUAAACGCUUCAAUAUGAAGGGAUUUCUGGCCUGGCUUGUCUGGCGGUCCGCGUACUUGACGAUGAUCGGAUCCUUUCGCUCGAGGCUUUACGUCAUGCUUAACUGGUCGACUUCGUUUUUAUUUGGACGAGACUUGACGUAUAUCGCCAACGCUACGGAAGCUAAAGCUUUGAAAGACGUACACGCUGGAGUUCUCAAGGGAGAGUGUGCCGCUGAAAAGAGCAUGUAAGGAUAAAGAUUUUUUUAAAAAAAAAGGGGGGCCCGCACCACUUUUUAAUGAUGCCUUAAAAAUAACAAAUAAACAAGUUUCAUCCCUUUUUAGUUCAUAAUAAAU